AAACAUAUUUGCCUAACAUUUCAGUGUCUCAACCUCAUAACCAUCAGCUCUCAGCAGUCUCAGCUCUCCCAAUGGACUGGACCAGGGGCCAAACCAUCGGCCGUGGCUCGACCGCCACUGUCUCGACCGCAAAGGCUCACGGGUCCGGUCGGGUUCUUGCCGUCAAGUCAGCAGAGCUCUCGCAAUCAGAAUUCCUUAAAAGGGAACAGAGGAUUCUUUCUACAUUAACCAAUCCUCAAAUUGUGGCAUACAAUGGAUGUGACAUUACAUGUGAAAAUGGUAAGCUUCUAUACAAUAUUUUCAUGGAGUAUGCACCUCGUGGCACGCUUGUGGACGCAAUUCGCAGCCAAGGUGGUGGCUUAGAAGAGGCAACAAUCAAGGCCUACACACGCAGCAUUGUGUUGGGGCUUGAGUACCUUCACUCUAAUGGUAUUGUGCAUUGUGACAUCAAGUGUCGCAAUGUUUUGGUCACUAGUGAUGGUGUGAAGAUUGCUGACUUGGGCUGCGCUAGGCGGAUUGAUCUUGAUGGUGUAACGAGUGCUGAUUUGGCAAUCGCCGGCACGCCAGUCUUCAUGGCACCGGAGGUGGCGCGUGGAGAGCAACAGGGGUUCCCCGCUGAUGUGUGGGCUCUGGGGUGCACGGUGAUCGAGAUGGCGACCGGGAGAGCCCCAUGGGGGGACGCUUCUGACCCGGUAUCGGCCCUUUACCGAAUUGGGUAUUCCGGUGAUGUGCCGGAGGCUCCUAGCUUCAUGUCAAAGCAGGCCAAGGAUUUCUUGGACAAGUGCUUGAAGAGAGACCAAGGAGACAGGUGGUCAGCUACGGAACUUCUUAAGCAUGCUUUUCUUGAAGAAACUCUCUCUCUUUCCAAGGAAGCCAACAGUUUUGAUUCUGAAACGCCGACAACCGUAUUGGACCAAGGCUUUUGGGACUCAAUAGAGGAGCCGGAAACAAUUCCGAGCCCGACCCAUAAAAGUUCUUUGAAUUCCCCCACUGAAAGAAUCCGGCGGCUGAGUAGAAUCGGCACGACAUCGUCUCAAAGAAUGCCCAAUUGGGUGUGGGAUGAAGGUUGGAUUACAGUGAGAAGCAAUAGCAGCAAAGAGCCAGAGAUGUUGACUCGCAGUCAGGACAACGUGUUGGUGUACUCCAUUGAACCCACGAGGAGUAGUGGGACCGGGGCAUGUAAAUGUAAUAUUACUAGUAGCAAUGGUAGUACUGAUGGUAGCAAUAGGAGCGUCUCAUUGAUGGCCUAUGAAUGCAAAAAGGAGGCCUUUAAGUGUAAGAAACAUGCAUUAUGUGGGAACAUUGAUUUGAAAAUAACAAGGACAUGUUUUCUGUUCGAGUUCUUUCUUUCUUUCUUUGAUAACCAUAUGGUACAGGGGUUUCGAUCCGGUGCAAUAGGACUACCUUAUUGCGUUACAAUACGUCAGCUUAUGUCAGUGCUUGGUGGGCUCCACCCGUUUGCGUUACACUCACAAUGCACAUCAAUGACACAACACCAAAGCAUAAUGGAGUGGGGUCUAUGUGUGGGUCCCACUCUAUUGUGCCUUGGUGUUGUGUCAUUGUUGUGUAGUGUAAGUGUUUUAAUCAUUUUUCUUCUAUCAAACGGAGAUCGGUAAAAAUUA